AUGACUAACGCAUUUAUUGUCGGUUCGAAGCGUACUGCUUUUGGCGCUUUUGGUGGCAAGCUCAGCCAGUUCACCGCUUCCCAGCUAGGUGGCCAUGCCGCCAAGGCUGCUCUGGCUCAGCUUCCAAGCGAUACUCCGGUUUCGUCGAACGUUUUCGGUGUGGUUGCGCACUCCGAUAACUCUGCCCCUUACACUGCCCGCCACGUUGGCCACUACGCCGGUCUUCCUAUUACUACCCCAGCCCUGACUAUCAACCGUCUUUGCGGUAGUGGUUUCCAGGCUGUGAUCAACGCUAGCCAGGAGAUUCGCUCGGGUGAUGCCGAAGUGGUUCUCACUGGUGGUACUGAGAGCAUGUCGCUUUCUCCUUACACUCUUCACGGUGUUCGUUUCGGAAACACGCGCUACGGUGUUGAUCUGAAGCUUGCGGACAGCCUGGCUACUGCUUUGGUCGACCAGGUUCCUGUACCAACCCCUAUGGGUAUCACCGCUGAGAACCUUGCUGAGAAGUACGGUAUUACUCGUGAGCAGUGUGACGCUUUCGCUCUCCAGUCUCAGCAGCGCUGGGCUGCUGCAAACGAGGCCGGUGCUUUCAAGGAUGAGAUUGCCCCGAUCGAGGUCAAGGUUAAGAAGGCGACGGAGACCUUUGAAGUCGAUGAGCACGCUCGUCCAAAGACCACCAUGGAGUCGCUCGGUCGUCUCCCUUCCGUGUUUAAGAAGAACGGCACUGUUACUGCUGGAAAUGCCUCGGGUAUUUGCGAUGGUGCUGCUGCUAACGUCGUGGCCAGCGAAGAGGCUGUUAAGAAGUAUGGUCUUAAGGCCUUGACUCGCAUUGUGAGCUACGGUGUGACUGCAUGUGAGCCUUCGAUCAUGGGUAUCGGCCCUGUCGAGGCCACUCGUCUGGCCCUCAGCCGUGCUGGUCUUAGCAUUGCUGACAUGGACCUGAUCGAAGUGAACGAGGCCUUCGCUGCCCAGUUCCUUGCUGUCCAGAAAGAGCUUGAGCUCCCUAACGACAAGACUAACGUCUUCGGUGGUGCUAUUGCCCUUGGUCACCCUCUUGGUGCCAGCGGUGCUAGGAUCUUGUCCAACCUUACUUACAACCUCCACCGUCUUGACAAGAGGUACGCUCUUGGUGCUGCUUGCAUUGGUGGCGGCCAGGGUAUCGCCGUCAUCCUUGAACGUGUAUAA